CGUGGUAUGUUAGAAAUAGAUAAAGCGGCUGGGAUAGAAAAUUUGGGACAUAUUAAGUGGCAAAUUGCUCUUUGUUUGUUUGUCGUUUACCUCAUAUGUUACUUCAGUUUGUGGAAGGGAAUUUCUACAUCUGGAAAAGUUGUCUGGUUUACAGCUUUAUUUCCGUAUGUUGUGCUGAGCAUACUUUUGGUGAGAGGCAUCACUUUACCAGGAUCAUUUCAAGGAAUCAAAUAUUAUUUGACACCAAGCUUCGACAAACUUACAAUGUCAAGUGUUUGGGUAGAUGCAGCAACACAGGUAUUUUUUUCUUUAGGACCUGGAUUUGGAGUUCUUUUGGCUUUUGCCAGUUAUAAUAAAUUCCAUAACAACGUUUAUUAUGACGCCAUUGCAACUAGUCUCAUCAAUUGCAUGACAAGUUUUUUGGCAGGAUUUGUCAUUUUCUCGGUUUUAGGUUACAUGAGUCACAAAUCUGGGAAACUAAUCCAAGAUGUGGCUACAGAAGGUCCGGGUUUAGUGUUUGUGGUGUAUCCGGAAGCUAUUGCCACUUUACCAUUUUCUUCUUUUUGGUCAAUUGCAUUUUUUCUUAUGCUUAUAACAUUAGGACUUGAUAGUUCGUUCGGAGGUUCAGAAGCAAUUAUAACAGCUCUCAGUGACGAGUAUCCACUUAUCAAAAACAACCGGGAGAUUUUUAUUGCAUGUCUUUUCACAUUUUAUUUUUUUGUUGGACUGCCCAGCUGCACACAGGGCGGGGCAUACGUAGUGACACUUCUGGAUAAGUAUGCCGCUGGCUUUUCCAUCUUGUUUGCGGUUUUUUUUGAAACUUUGGCAGUAUCUUAUUUUUAUGGAGUAGAAAGAUUUGCAGAUGACAUAAAUUCUAUGCUUGGAUAUAAGCCUGGAGUAUACUGGAAAAUAUGUUGGAAAUAUGUUUCUCCACUUUUUUUGCUGCUAAUAAUAAUAUCUGGAUUUGUUUGGUACACUCCUUUGAAACAUGACAAUUAUGUCUAUCCUUUCUGGGCCAACAUGGUUGGCUGGAGUAUAGCGCUGUCGUCAAUUCUUUUUAUGCCCUCAUUGGCCGCCAUAAAAUUAUUUAAAAGCAGUGGUACAUUCAAACAAAGAUUUCGCUUGCUGAUUACACCAUGGAGAGAUACUCAAUCAAGAUUAGUUAACUACGACAAUGGGCAAGGUUAUUCAGAAGUUGUUCAAACUCAUUCAGAAGGAAAAACCAUCUAA